ACCUGCAGUCAGAAUCCUCCAUUACUUUCACAUCAUAACAAGAGCGACUGAGGCUCAGCAACGCCUCUAAUCGAUCUCUGUGUCGUCGUAAAAAUAGAGGAGUUGGAAACUGUCAUCGUCGUCGUAUUUCCACGUGUCACGUCUCGGUCAGAUAAUAGGCGUUCUAUCGCACUAUUGCCGUAGAUUACUAUUCCGUACUCUACGAUAUUUUCCGGUACUUCGAUACUUCACUACGGAUACUCACGAUCGUUGCAGUGGAAAUUAGUGUGCUUUAGCAGUUAUACGUUAUCUCGAAAAGGUCUUCGGUCAUCAACCGACAGGUAUUUGUGAGAGAAGAGAAAGGGGAGAACCGAGCGAGAAGUUCAAAGUACAACGUGUAUGUACGCUACACACGCGUAAGGUACUUUCUCGCGAUUACGUUGCACGAACGCGUAUUUGUACGCUGUGCAAUCGUGAGCCGAAAAUGCGGUGUUGUUCUAUUAUAACGUUACGACGUGCUUCUCACUCACGUAUACGCUCUCGAGAGCGCCUAUGAGACUCGAUCAGUGUCACGAUUAUGUGCAAUGUCGACGCUGCAAUUAAGCAUGCAGGACAGGAAGGACCUAGACAAGUUCACGAAGUACCUAGCGCUAAGAGCUGCCCAGAUCAUAGUACAGUCGAGAUCAGGUCAGAAGGUCAACACCACGUGCAAGCCGGACUCUUCGGCCGGUGAUUGGUUUAAUCUGGCGAUAAAAGAGCUACCAGAAGUCUUAGCCGAUGCUAAGAGGGCACUCUGUGGAGAAAUAGUGAGUUCCACUGUACCGCUCUGCAUAGAAAUCUCUCUGAAAACAGUGGAAGGCGACACGAUGGUUCUGGAAACAUGGAGUCUUGGUGUUUUGCCAGAGCAGAGUGACCCGACUGUACGAGUCACGUAUACCGUGUACAAUAGAAUGGGGAUUUUGUUGAAGUCUUUGCUUUCUGUCUCGAGGGUCACACCCGCUUAUAAACUGAGCAGGCGGCAAGGUCCGGAUUCUUACACCAUGUGUUAUAAAAUAUACAUGGGAGAACCUCAGCUACACGUCUUGGGCGAUAACUAUAAACAUGUGAGAGUGGGUCAGUUGUGCACCCCAGUGGGUACUAUACACUUGUCAGUCUCUUAUAGAACGAAAAUGACCAUAUCACCCACUCACACGGGACGAGACUCUAUUAUGCUUAAGAGUGAUCAUUUUCAUUCGGACUUAAGUCCGCGUCACGCGCGGUAUCAGCAGAGCGAAGAGACAUCCAAAUCUCUUAGCGACACCAUCAAAGUUGGUGCGUUUGUAGUAAACAAACCCGUCAUUGUUAACGAGGAGGAUCUUGUAAUACCGGAUGUGCCGUUCAGUUCCCUGUUGACACCCAGACAAACGUCGCCUCCUCCAGCGUCGCUAGUAGAUCCUACAAACACAAAGACUGCAGCGGCAGCUGCCGCGAGCGAUAGCAACAAUGGAAAUAAUGAAAGACUCGUUAACGAUAAUACGACUUCGAAAUGCGCCUCCCAAAACGGAUCUAGAAGAAGUAGUUGCUCAAUGACUAGUGCCAACGAUGAUUUUAUUAUGGUAGAUUUGAAAACUCCGUUUGCCGUCACAAAUACUAAUAGCGACUUAGGAGCAUUUUAUCGGGAAUGUCAAAGUGCCCCGCAAUUGCAAGCCUUCAUGGAAGAAAGAACGUUGGCGGAACAAGUGGGAGAUCUUACUAAGCAAUUGGAAACGUUUGAGACGAACAUGCAACAUUACGAAGAUAUUUUGUCGUCGUUGUGUCAAACCGAAAAUAAUAAUUAAAGUCAAGCUAUACACUCCCGAAGUUUCAAUCUGGAGCGAAAAUGCGAAUAUGUACAGCUGCACAUAUGGUGAACAAGAAAUGUAUUUGCACAUAAGAGGAAAAUCGUUGCUACAAUGUCCUCUUGUUCAAUAUAAUAAUAUAAAAGAGGAUUACAUUCUGAUAGAAUUCAACAAUUGCAAUCUUGCAAUAAUAUAUCUCUUUUGUGUUACGUAUUAUUUUAUAAAUAAUAAAAUAAGACGUGCAAAUAUUUUUUUUAUGUACUAUAUACAUCACAUCCAUCAUAUUGAAUGUUAAAGCCUUUUUAAUUGCCUUUAUCAUUCAUGCACGAAAUGGUCAAAAUUUCGUUCAGUAUCAGGUCUGUCUGUUAGAUUUUAAUUUGCAAACCAAAUGUUUUUUUGGAAAAAAGGAAAAAACAAAGACAAAUAAACGAACUAAAGGAAACCCAUAAACAAUGAACCAACAGAUCAUCGUUGUAUACAUAACUGUAUAUUUGAACGCGAUUAUGUAACGUAAAUAAGUAGAAAUUACGUUGCGUAUAUUCAGUACUAGUGCUGCUUACUGAGCUCAGUUAGUCUUGAAUCUAACUGGCACAUAUUCUUUUAAAUUUAAAAAUACACAAGUCAGGUGCAAAAGAUCAAUGAGUAGUGAUAGUACUGAAUGCACCCAUUGGCAUAAGCGAUUGCCAAGAAAAAGAAAGGAUCUCUUUACUCAACGAAUUUGGACAGACCUGGUAUAAAUUGCUCCGUUUUUCAUAUUUAGUAAUUUUACGAUUUUGAGGAUUUGUAAAUAUGUUAAAACUAUAAUAUGUCGAAAACUUCAAACUUAGUACUGUCAAUCCCUUCUUUAGUUACACGCUGGGUAAAAUACUGCUCGCUCAAAUGUUUGCUAAUAUAAACAAGAUGUUUAAGAAAGAAAGAUUUCAGGAUUUAGAAAGUAUAUAGUAUUUACAGAACCGAAUAAGAACUGUAUUUACUAUUUGUUAAAACUUAUAUUUGUUUAUUACUUAUUAGUAUAAAAGUGUAUUUACUAUUUAGUAUGUACACCUAAACGAAAAUUAUAAUCAAUACGGAUUGAAAAACAAAAUUUUUUUUUAAUAGAAGCCAUUAUCGGUUUUGGUGAUACAAUUUUCAUCUUUGCGGGGAAAACCAUACGAUUUUUUUUAUGUAAAUUGAUUCUUCUAGUCAUAUUACAUAUAAAAGUAUUAAAAUAAGAUCUUUAAGAA